UCUCGACCACCACCUCCACGUCUGCUAUUAUUCGGUUUUCUCGCAUUGCUUCCUCGCUGCUCCCCACGGAAAUCUUCGAAUCCGUCGAGACCCUCCGCGAGAGGCGAGCUCCACAGAGCGCAGCGGGCUAGGGUUCCGUUCUCUUUCCUCCCGCCGAUUCGUCGCACCGUUUGUUGAUUUCUUGUUGCGGCAGGAAGGCGGUUUCUCCUGAACGGCCACGGAAUGGAUAGGAACCAGGAGCAGGAAGAGAUGACACCGAAUGACUCGGACCCUCUUCUUGGGAGGGGGGAGAACAAGGAAGCAGAGCCAUCGGCGCAGUUGUCCCCGCCACAGCCAGCAACUGUGAGCCCGCUGGAGAUCGAGGAUGAGGAGACCGAUGACUCUUCUGCUGCGUGCUGCCGCAUUUGCCUCGAGGCUGAGUCUGAAAUAGGUGAUGAUCCUAUAUCCUACCUACUACAGUCUGAGAUAGGUGAUGAGCUGAUAUCACCUUGCAUGUGCAAAGGAACUCAACAGUUUGUUCACCGUUCAUGCCUUGACCACUGGCGUUCUGUUAAGGAAGGAUUUGCAUUUUCACACUGCACAACUUGCAAAGCUCAGUUUCAUCUUCGAGUGGAGACUUGGGAGGACAAUUCAUGGCGUAAAAUGAAGUUCCGGGUCUUUGUUGCAAGAGAUGUUCUUCUUGUGUUUCUUGCCAUACAACUUACUAUUGCUAUUAUUGGUGCAAUUGCAUACUUUCUAGACAGGGAUGGAAGUUUCCGAAACAGUUUCAGCGAUGGUUGGGAUCGCUUCUUGUCAAAGCAUCCAAUACCAUUCUAUUAUUGCAUGGGCGUUGUGGUUUUCUUCGUGCUGCUUGGAUUCUUUGGGUUGAUAGUGCAUUGCUCGUCCUUCAACGACAACCAGGAUCCAUGCCUAGCAGGAUGCCGGAACUGCUGCUAUGGUUGGGGCAUCCUGGACUGCCUGCCUGCUUCCUUGGAGGCAUGCUUUGCCCUGGUGUUGGUUUUCAUUGUUGUGUUCGCCAUUCUCGGCAUUGCUUACGGUUUCCUCGCCGCAACCAUGGCCGUCCAAAGGAUCUGGCAGAGGCAUUAUCACAUCCUGACCAAAAGGGAGCUGACCAAGGAAUACGUGGUGGAAGACCUUCACGGCAACUACACGGUGCCGAAGCUUGAUCCAGAGCACGAGGAGCGGCUGAAAAUGCUGAAGCUCCUCUAGAGAGUGCGGCUGUCUUCAUGGCAAGUGAGCAACCAACAUGGUUCAUCCUCUCUUCUCCAGAUCAAGGAAUGGUAGGCUCCGAAAACAAGAAAGAUCAAGGAGUGUUCACCUGGAGUUCUAAACUACUGUUAAAAAAUGAAAUCCUGCUCCUGCCUGCAUCAAAUCUCCAUGUGCCGAACGAUAGUUCUGCUGAGUUUUACUUUUACGUUCUCAGUAACGUUCGUCCAGGACGUGUAAUGCCUGUACGAUUUUUUAUUUUCUUUUUUUAUUUCUGAAAGUGAAUGCAUGAAUGAUUGAAAAUUUCUCGUCUGAA